CCGUACAUGGAACGGCACACUUUCUUUUCUUCCAUUUACUUCCUUUCACGUGAUCUCUCCUUACUGGCGGAAGUGAGGGCAGUGAUGCGUCAAAGCGGAUGUACAGGUUUAUGCUGGGGCGGCAACUGUAGCGGUCGUUGUUUCCCUCGCUCCGAGUACGGGGUGCAGCGACUGGCAUAAUGGAGGCGGCCACCAUUCCUGAGAGUGGGGUGGAGAAAAGCCUGCCCUUGUCAGAAGAUGGGGAUUCCAACGGUAGCAUCUACACGUGCUACAUGAAGUCGCAUCGCUGCUAUGACCUUAUUCCAACCAGCUCCAAGCUUGUUGUGUUUGACACUUCUCUGCAGGUAAAGAAAGCCUUCUUUGCAUUGGUCACCAAUGGUGUGCGGGCUGCCCCUCUUUGGGACAGCAAAAAACAAAGCUUUGUGGGUAAGUACGUUCCCUUUGAAGCACCCAAGAGAAGCCAAAAAAUUUUUGUCAUCUCCUCACCCACACCCAACUGCCUAUUUGUUAAAGCUUUACCCUUUCCACCUUUUCUUUGCCCCAUAGGAAUGCUCACAAUCACAGAUUUCAUCAACAUCCUGCAUCGUUAUUACAAAUCAGCCAUGGUACAGAUCUAUGAGCUGGAGGAGCACAAGAUUGAAACGUGGCGAGAAGUCUACCUGCAGGACUCCUUCAAGCCCCUGGUCUGCAUUUCACCCAGUGCCAGCCUGUACGAUGCUGUCACCUCUUUGAUCCGGAACAAGAUCCACCGGUUGCCUGUCAUCGACCCAGAAUCAGGGAACACGCUGUACAUCCUGACGCACAAGCGCAUCCUCAAAUUCCUCAAGCUCUUUAUUGCAGAGUUCUCCAAACCGGAAUUCAUGUCUAAAACCCUGGAGGAGUUGAAGAUUGGCACCUAUGAAAACAUUGCAAUGGUCCAUACCAACACCCCCGUUUAUGUUGCGCUGGGCAUCUUUGUACAACACCGGGUCUCUGCAUUGCCUGUGGUGGAUGAUUCAGGACGGGUUGUGGACAUUUACUCCAAAUUUGAUGUCAUUAACCUGGCAGCGGAGAAAACCUACAACAACCUGGAUGUGACGGUGACCAAGGCAUUGCAACAUCGCUCACAGUACUUUGAGGGCGUGCUCAAGUGUUACAAGCAUGAGACUCUGGAGACGAUAAUCAGCCGGCUGGUGGAGGCUGAGGUUCAUCGGCUGGUCGUGGUGGAUGAAAGCAAUGUGGUGAAGGGUAUCAUAUCCCUUUCGGAUAUUCUGCAGGCCCUGGUCUUGCCUGGUGGUCAGACGCCCUGACUGUAGGAAGGCCGAGCCCUCAUCAUGGGCCUGAAGUGUGGCACAGCUCUCCUUUCUGCAUCAACGUGAAGCAGGCUGUGCAGCGAGCCCAGUCACAAGCCAACUCUCUCUGGGACUACUUCCCUUGGUAUUUCUCACCAAAACUAGGCUGUGUGUCUCCUCCUUCCCCAUUUUGGUUGCAAAGGAGCCCUGAGGCUUGCUGUUCCCUAGAGCUAGGCAUAUCAUCCUGGAGCCCUCCGGGUGCAGGUUCUGUUGGGUAAUACUGGCCACACUUGGAUGGUAAGAAAGUGGAGCAAGCUUCCUGGCAGAGUGUGAGCUAAAUACAUGUGGAAGGGUCCAGCUAAAAAUUCCAAACAUGCGAAGACACUCAGGAUAUGGAGCCCUCUAGAUGUCUGAUCUGCAGCAUGAAGGUUUUUAAAACAACAACCUGGCAAAUAUUGAGUGGGUAAUCUUUGUGUUUGCAUAACCCUGCACCUUUGCAUGCCAUGUGUGCAUGAGACUGUGUGUGAGUGAGAAUUGCCUUUCUAGUGCCGCUUGUCACUUCCCCAAGCAAUACUCGUUCCCUCCUAGUCUCUGCGCAGGUGUGGGUGGGUGUGUUUUGUUAAGGAAUUCUCAUCAGCUGUGCUGCCCUUCUCAGCUGCCCUUCUCAGCAGCACAGCCCAGGCCCCAGUCCAUAAGCUUCCUAAUGGAACAAAUGUCCUCUCCCCAGGAGCGGAAAACCUUUUUCUAGGUUAUUGUGGUGGGCCUACUGUAGUGUUUCACUCUCCCAGAGCAUUUGAAUCCCUGUUGAUCUUUUGUGGGAGAGACUCAUUAGUUCCCACCCACCUUGGUCUUGAAUGUCUUGCAUCAGUUUUGCCUUCCAACUUAGCAGUGGGAGGACUGCAAUUUGCUCUGUAUCUGUACCCCAGUAGAGGAAAAAUUGUGUUUGCCCAUAAACACAUUGAACUUUCCUUUGAGGCAGAACUAUGAGUAUCUUUGAGAAUUGGCACCCAGUUCUCCCUGACCAAAAUGGAGGCAGAAGCGUAGUCUCCACUGUGCAAGGGUAUUUUUCUUGCUGUAAAUCUCACCUCUUUUGCACAUUCCUCCAACUUCUCCCCAUGUAAAUUGUACAACAUGUAUUUUUGUAAAGUCUUGUUUCCUAUAUCUGAUUCUCCGUCCACACUCUUCCUGAUUGGGGCGGGGGCUGGUUUUCUAUGUUCCACCUCACCUGGCACCUGACAGAGAAUUUUUAAAAAUGAUUUCAAGUCCAUGUAGGGAAUCCUUCUGGGGCCAUUCCCUUUGUGUGAUGUCAAUUAUGAGUUGUUUUGUUGAGAUUCUGUACUUAAUAAAAAAAUCAAGGUAUGUUUUAA